CAGAAGAGUGAGUAAUUUAGCUCCAAAGCAUUCACACAGUGAUGGAUUUCGAUGCCAGAGCUGGUAGUAACUCUGAUGUUGAGAUGGAGCUGAGGAAAGGUCCAUGGACGGUGGAAGAAGACCUCUUGUUGGCGAACUACGUCUCUGUGCAUGGCGAGGGCCGAUGGGAUUCUGUAGCCAAAUGCUCAGGGCUGAGAAGGACCGGGAAGAGUUGCCGGCUCCGGUGGCUGAACUACCUCCGCCCGGACGUCCGACGGGGUAACAUCACUCCGGAAGAGCAACUCCUCAUUCUCGAGCUCCACUCUCGUUGGGGAAACCGAUGGUCAAAGAUAGCGCAGUUGUUGCCGGGGAGGACGGACAACGAGAUCAAGAACUACUGGAGGACGCGAGUGCAGAAGCACGCGAAGCAGCUGCGGUGCGACGUCAACAGCAAGCGGUUCAAGGACAUGGUGAAGUACAUGUGGAUGCCCCGUCUGGUGGAGAGAAUUCAGGCCGCUUCCGGCGGCCGUUGCGAAGCCUCCGUGCCACAGACCGCGUGGCCAGCGGAGGAAGGCACGCGGCUUGUACCUGUGGCGGACACGACCAGCAAAUCGAACACGGUCAAUUUGUCGUCGGAGUCGUCCGAUGCGGCCUCAGCGUCUAAUUACUUUACCGGCGGCGUCGAAGUCGACGCCGCGUGGUUUCGGGAUACUGCGGCGGCGGAGCUGAGUGAAGAAGGAUGGAUAGAGUCGCUGCGGAGUCCGGGAAUCUGCGAUAACUUUUGGUCGCAGGAUUUGGAGCAGAGCGGGUGGGAGGAGUGCUGCCUGUGGAACAUGGAGCAGGGGCUUUAGCAGACAUGAAGAACAGAGCUAGCCAAAACUAUGUAAAAUGGAACUUUUGCUGUAACUUUCUUCUCGAUGACUACUGAAGUUCGUAAUUUCAUCUGAUUCUUUGAGCAAAUUGUAGCACUUAAACU